AUGGAAGAUGAUUCUUAUGGUACAGAGGGCGAGUGGAUGGACACUCUCCUGCCCCAGCAGGUCCUCCCCGUUUCCGACGUCAGCUCUGCGUCCGGCGCCUUCUGUAGUGCAUCUGAUGUUGUGGCAGCAGCUGCCAGCGCUGUGGCCGCCUGCAUGGAUGAUGAAGUAGACGAAAACUUGUUGCAGCCUCUUGCUGAGGCAUAUCUACUUGCUGUCCGAAAUGAAGCGCGGCUUCUGCCGAAGGUUGUGUGUGCCUCCGGUAACAGUCAACACGCGCCCCUCUCGAGAAGAGACGUAUCAGGGGGUAAGGGUGAAGUUGCUAAUGAUUGUCAAUGUUCCGCAGAGCUACGACAGAAGGCAGUGCCAUACUCUGCAGAUGAAGCAGGUACUAUCUGCGCUUUAGGAGAUGGAAGUGCGUCGAGCGGUCACGGAAUGUGGCUUGAGACACGCUCAAUCAAUGGUCACCCGCACGAUGAAGCGAAAUCCCCCUCCAGAAGCAUGUCCUUCACCACAGGAAGCGCUGUACAUGAAGGACUGCCGAACUUUGUGGCAGAAGUUGACAAGUUUGCGGGUGCACCCGCACAAGCGCGUUACUCCGCAGCGCCGACUGGAUCUUCUGGACAGUGUAGUCUUACGUUGUCCGGGCGACAGGGCAUGGCCGACAAUACUGACAUGCGCUUCAUGCCUGCUACACAGAUGUACGGUACCGACAGUUCCGCUAGUGCUGACGACUCUGAGGACAUCGAUACACAGGAAAUGUCAUAUCUACAGAAGAUUCUGAUUAUGGAGAAGAAACGGAGUGCUGCGGAGUCGUCCGAAAUGGCUCCAUCGUUGGAAUGGUCGAAGGACUCACUCUCUGCCUUCGUGGCUCUGCGCGAGAGUCUAUCUCAAGAAGCCGCUCCAGCAGUCCAAAGAGGAGUCCCUCAGGCGAAAAACGGGAACUGUCAGAGCUGGGAUGAGACAGAGUGGAGACUGUACUGUCGAUGCUACCCACCGUCAGUUGAGAUGUUGGCCCGAUGCGACAAUGUUACGCUUUGCCGGGUGCUUUCUCUUCUCGCUGAUGACAUCGUCUUGCAGCGUAGGGCAAUUACGCGCACCCAUGUCAAUGGGAGAACGAGUGAAAAUGAUACGGCGCCGAUGCGUUUACAGAGAAGUAAAUGCCACGGCCAGGCAGGAUGUCCUUGCUGUAGCGUGGAGGCAUGUCAUCUAACGCUACAGCAAGCGAGUUGGCUAUUCGGUAUCUUUCUUUUCCUAGACGAGCUUCAGGCUAUGGACGCUGACGUGGCGUUCUGCAUCCAGAGUGUGAGGCGAGAGUGUGAAAGCGCACGUCGAAGGCUCGCACGAAAUUUCCAAGCGCGGAGAAAAGCAGACAUGAUCGGAGCCGCAGCAGGUGUAGCAGAGGAGCGCAAGAUCGAUUCCGUGGCACGUGAGGUGCGGGGCGGCUCCGCCGUCGAGCGCUCGGAGGGGAGUCUUUUGGCGGCUUUGAACCUACUUAUUCUUGUAACAGGAGAUUUCUUCAAGCAGAAGUGA